AUUUCGUGAUUUGACCGAACGUCGGUCCCUUUACUCGUAUCACACAGCAUUGUACUAAUACAUUUUUUCAUUUACAUUUGCAUUGAUGCAUUUAGGGGGCAAUGUUUGAUAUAUUUUUCAUGGCGACACAUAGCUAGCCUAUGCUAGCCUAGCCUGUUGGUGUGGAACAUAAGCUAGCUAGAAGUUUAUCAAGGAAGAAUGUUACCUGCCGACAACGACGAUUUCAGGGCUAGGUUUCCAUUGCACUCCUUAGUUUGGGAGAAUGACUACAGGAAUCUGGAUAAGUCGGUACCUACGAAUAACAAAGAGGAGGUUGACCCCAGAGGACGAACACCCCUCCAUCUAGCAGUGUCCUUGGGGCAUUUGGAAUCAGUGAGAGUUCUCCUGAGGCAUGGAGCAGAUGUCACCAAAGAGAAUAUUAAGAAUUGGACAGUGCUGCAGGAGGCGGUCAGCACAGGAGAUCCUGAGAUGGUGCAGUUGGUGCUGCAGCGACGGGACUACCUCAAAGCCUCCACAGCUCUUGGAGGAGUGCCUGAGCUGCUGUCAAAGAUACGAGAGUCGCCAGAUUUUUAUUUGGAGAUGAAAUGGGAGUUCACAAGUUGGAUCCCACUGGUGUCGAGGGUGUGCCCCAGUGACAUCUGUCGGGUAUGGAAAAGUGGCGCCAGCCUGCGGGUCGAUGCCACCCUGCUCGGCUUCGAAAACAUGACCUGGAUCAGGGGCAGGAGGAGCUACAUUUUUCGGGGAGAUGACAGCUUUACAGAGCUCAUGGAGAUAAACCAUGAUGACGAGGUGGUGGACACAGAGCGUUUCGAUAUCGAAAUGGAGGAUGUUACACUCGAUUCCAUGCAACCUAACCAGCAGGAAGUUGCCAAGAGGCUGACUACGCCCAUUGUUAACACCUUUUUGGACACCAAAGACAUUGCCUUCGAGAGGUCAAAGUCUGGUAUCUGGGGAUGGAGGUCUGACAAAACAGAGAGUGUUAAUGGAUUUGAAGCAAAGGUUUUCAGUGUAAAUAACGUGAAUGUGGUGAUUCGAACCAGGACUGAACAUUUAACCGAUGAAGAAAAGACCAGAAUAAAAGGUGAAAGGAACAUUCUCGAGUCACUGCUUGGAACUGUAGAGCAGCAUGUCAGUGUUCAAGGGGAUCUCACUUUGGAGUAUGCCACAGCCACCAACCCCACAGCCAUCACACCAGAGGAGUACUUCAACCCAGACUUCGAUCUGCAGGACAGAGACAUUGGCAGGCCAAUUGAACUCACCAUCAGGACCCAAAAGUUCAAGGGUACUCUGUGGAUGAGCGAGGAGUACCCGCUCUCCCUGGUGGAGCAAGUGGCACCCAUCAUCGAGCUGAUGUCUCGCACCAGCUCCCACUUCGCCCGCCUCCACGACUUCCUCAUCCUCAGGUUCCCUCCCGGAUUCCCUGUCAAAAUAGAGAUUCCGCUCUUCCACGUGCUCAACGCCCGCAUCACCUUCGGGAACGUGAACAAGUGCAGCACUGAAGAGCCAGCCAGUGCCACCCCUGCCAUCACACCUGCUGCUACGCCCUCUACCACCCCUGCCACUACGCCCUCUGCCACACCUGCUGCCACCCCCACGCCCACUGCCACGCCUGCUGCCACCCCCACGCCCUCUGAUGAGGGGGAGGACAGCGAGACCACAGCUCUGGCAGGAGCGGCCCCCUUUCAGGUCUGCCCGUCGGUGUUCGUCGUGCCUGCGCACUACCGGCACCGCGGCGGCAGCCGGCACAUGCCAACCACGCACUCCCACAGCCAUGAGGAGGAGCUGCUGCAGUAUGCCAUCCACCAGAGCCUGCUGGAGUCCAGCGUGGGACCCACACCGGAUGUGGUCUGGGGAGAUGCCAACGGAAUGGUCCCUGAGCUCAUGGGGAGUAGCCAAAGUGAUGGGACCCUGUCAUCUGAAGGCAUUCUCCUGGACCUCGGAGACACCAGCACGGCCAGCUCGGUGUCCGUCUCCAGCCCGGACAACGAGCUGCGCCUGGCACUGGAGCUGUCCGCUCGGGCCAAGGAGGAUGAUGAGCGCAGGAGGAAGGAGGAGGAAGAGGAGCUGGAGAGGAUACUGCAGCUCUCCCUCACCGAGAAGUAAAGCGGUCACAACAACAGACUGGGUGCAGGCCAGGGCUCAAAAAGAAAACAAGGAAAGACAACAUAGGAGGCGGAAAAAAAGGGAGCGAGUCCAUAUUUUUUGCCAUUUUACCACAUAAUUUUUUUUUCUAAUUCAAACUCUUAAUAAGUAAUCCAUAAUCUUUUGCCACAGACUAGCAGGAAAUAUGCUAACAGUCAGUUAACAUUUGUGAGAUGAAGUCGCUUAGCGAUUGAAGUAUAUUUCUGGAGCAGAUCUUUGAGGCACUUUUUUGCUGUAUUCACCAUUCUUAAUAUUUGAAACUCCCUGUGAAUUGUAAGCUUCCUUUUCCUUGCCUCACAAAGUUCUCUGAGUCUCUCAACGCAGUCUUUUUCCCCCCAUGUCGGAUUUUAAGGUGUUCGUUCGUUCCAGCGCGUGGUGAGUGUGGGUCUCUUUCUGCUUCUAUACCCAGGCACUGAAAGGAUACAAGACCAAGAUAUCGUUGUUUUUGUAGAUUGUGCUGCUGGUGUACCAGUGUUCCGGAUGUGUGUGCGUGUGUGUACAUACACACAUGAGUGAGUGUGCAUUUUGCAUAAGAGUUUUGAGUUUGGGGAUGGGGAUUUUGGGCCAGGUUUGGGUCCCAGGGUUUUCGCCUUUAAAUUGAACAGACCAUCUCAGGGUUCCAGUUUUCCAUACUAACAAAGUAGUGUUGAAGUUAACACGACUACAUUAUGUGACAAGAAAACUGUAAUACUAACACAGCAGAUAUCAUCUUUUGUCGUGUUUUUAACAGGCUUAACAUAAACAUAUUAGAAAACAUUUUCACUUUUUUUUUUUUUUUCAAAAAAAAAAGACUGCAAGUUUUUGGUGCAGCAUUUAUUUGAACAAGUCCUGAUUUGAGUGUUUUUCCACUGCUAUGUGCUAGUAUCAACCCCUCAACUUCAAAAACAGCAAUAAAUGCCAGUGUGCCUCUUCAGUCACAAACAUGCAUAUGCUUUCCAUGCAUAGGCAGCUCAUUGGACAUCAUUUGUCCACAGCGGUGUCGUACAUCAGGACGGGAUGUGUGCGGAUGUGUUGGUGUGAUAUUUGUGUCGGUUUUUCCAAAUGUCCAUGGUCUGGAUGUAAGCAUAAUGAUCGAAAUGGAUGAACUGCCAAACCUAAAUCCAUUGGCUGAUGCUGCUCUAACCCAGUAAUAGCUGUUGAUCCUGAACCUUUGUCUCCAUCUGUAAUGCCCGAAGGUGGAAAAACUCAGUCAGCUUCACUCAGUUUCAGUCGCAGCAUAUCAUCAGAUACUGUCUGAUACCAAUGGCAUGGGUAGACUGAUGUCUCCUGGUUCGCAUAGAUUUGCAGCAGCUAGAUUUCUGUUGGCCUAUCUACCUUGUUGUUUUUUCCUCUUUUCCCUUGGAAAGUGACGUCUAGGUAAUCAGAGCUGUGCUCCUAUAGUUGCCUGAGGACUUAUUGUGGCACAGAACUGCUAAUGUCUUUUUUUAUUAUUAUUAUUUAAAACAAGGGCCUAAUGUUCCAGAACAUCCGAUCAUAGACUGGAUCCGCACUGACCUACUGAGCAGUGCAACACAGACCAAAACUUACUUCUAAAGGGAAACACUUUCUGCUCUCCAAACGUAAGGGUGUGAGGGCUAACUCAUCCACAGAGAUUUUGUUUUUGUUUUAUUCGUAAAUUACUGAAUACUUGUCCUCUUUUUUGCUGAGCUUAAACUGCUGAUAAUCUCAAUGCCAAAUUGCCAAACGGUGUCCACUCAUGUGUAGACUUACCAGAGGGGUGGUUUGAAGCAGCUACAGGUCUUAAUCAAGCCACAGCAUGAUUACAGCAGGUCUUGGCAUGUUAAAAAAAUUGAGAAAGCAUUUGAUAAACAGUGUGUGUCAGCGCAAAUGUCUUUUCUUUCCCCUUAAAUAAAUAAAAGCACUUUAUUUCAUUUAUGGUAUGAUGUAUGUAUGUCCUUAAAUAUUAAAGGAAGGAAUGAAAAAGUC